AUGCGUCUCAAGGUUAAGGUCCUAUCCCUUGACAAUGGUGAGCAAACGGAUGCCGGAAUUUUCCCCGUGUAUAACAAUCACAUUUGCGAUGAGCAAACACCGGUGUUUGCAAACAAACGGGUCACUCUUUUGGAUGAUUAUGUUUUCUUGUUCUCGGAUGCGGAUGCGAACACCUCCGAAGCUAGUAGCUAUGGAUCUCCACACUGA